AUGGCGUCAAGACGAAAGGCGCAAGUAUUGUCAGUUGACCAGAAAUACAAAAUCCUUCAGAUAAUGACAAGCGAUAAGACACAAAAAACCGUAGCAAAAGAUUACAGUAUUGAAGAAGCCACCGUCCGCAAUAUAAAAUCACAAAGAGAAGAGAUUAUAACAUAUUUCGAGACCAGCGCAGCGAUUGAUAGUAAUUUCAGUAAAUAUUUAAGAACGUUACAGAGAAAGGAUUUAGACAACGUUAUUUACCAGUGGUUCAUGCGAUGUAAAAAUAAAGGAGUAAUAUUAACAGGAGCACUGAUACGCAAAAAAGCACUGGAAUUUAAUGAAAAAUUAUACGGAGAACCUAAUUUUAAAGCCAGUUGGAAUUGGUUCAAAAAAUUUAAGCACCGUUACAAUAUAUGUGAAACGAAUAUCUACAAUUUCCGAACCACAGAACAAGCUGCAGCGGAUAACUUCACAGCUAAUUUUACAGAUUUUCUGCGCAUCCAUGAGUUCACAUUGGAGAACAUUUACAAUGUUGAUUACGCAGGACUAAUAUGGAGAGCAGUACCAGAAGAAACUUUGAUGUUUCACAGAGAAGGAUCGACAUUAUGCCCAGAAAUGUACAAGGAUUACGUUACUAUACUUCUUUGUGCAAAUGCUACCGGAUGUCACAAGUUGCCGGCAUUAGUAAUCUCCAAAUUUGCGAAUUCUCAAAAUCUCAAGAAUAUGAAUAUUAAUUCUCUGUCAAUUAUGUACGAGGAGAACAACAAGGCAUUGAUGGACGGUAACCUGUUCAAUAAAUGGUUCCAAAAAUGUUUCUUAAAAUCAGUUAUAGAAAAACAAAUGAAACAGGGAUACAGAGAGAAAAUUUUGUUGCUGGUAGAUGAUGUUAGGUGGAAUUUAUUUAUAAAUUACCGCGAAGCAGAACACAAAGAUGAAUUCGUCAUUGUGAUGAGUUUUCCAUGUUACGUUACACCACUCGUACAACCAAUGGAUUGUGGAAUAAUCGAAUGUUUUAAGCGAAUGUACCGAAAAGAAUUGCUGCAAACAAUAAAGCCAUUACCUACCUGCUGUACGCAGGAAGAUGCGGUAUCAAAUCAUAAGCUUUUAACCAUGUGGGAUUGUUGUCGCAUGGUACAAGAUGCUUGGAUGAAGGUCGAAAAUACAAUACUGAAAAAAGCGUGGGGCAAGCUUUUGAAGAAGGAAGGCGAACAGAAUUUUAGAGAGAGAAUAAUAGAAACGGACAUAGGUGAAACAGUUGAAUUGCUGCAUAAAUUACCAGGAUGUCAACGGUGUAACACAAUCGAUGUAAAGAACUGGUAUGAAAUUGAUAAUGAAGAGAAAAUGUUAAUGAAAAUAUAUACCGACGAAGUUCUUGGAGAUUUUGAAAACAAUGCUUUGAAUUAA